AUGGAUCACCUCGACACCUCCUGGUGUCCCGUCUGCGCUCGCCAGAUCCUCCCAAAGCGCUACACCGUCCCCGUCCCUCUCCCCGUCCCCCAACAGCCCACGCCCGCCCCGCCUCCGUCGUCCCCAACCUCCCCUUCUCAGGACGCGCACCCCGUCCGCCACGCGCGCACCAAGAACGGCACCAUUCGCGCCAGGACCGCCGGUGGCCUCGCUCGCGGAACAGGGCGUGUCAAGCCUAACGGCACCAUCAAGCGUUCAGACUCCAAGAAGAACCCCGCUCCCGCUGCACCGCCUGCCGCGGCACAACCCACACCCGCCGUUCCGGUGAAACACCGCACGGUCAUCGACCAGAACCCCACCCCGCUGUAUUGCUCUGACGAGUGUCGCUUGGCCGACCUCAACACCAUCCACGGUGGCUUCCCCAUCAACUACAACCCAGACCGCGACGCGCCCGACUCCCCCACCUUGCCCCCCGUCCCCCACAAUUCGCUUACCGGCAUUCCCUCGCCCGUCAGCGAGAUCGAUGACAGCGCCUCGAGCACUUCCACCUCCGUCGAUUCGGAUGACAACAUCCUUGGUGACACCGUCGACUACGCCUCCAUCUCCCCCAGCGUCGCAGCCCUUGCGCGCAUGUACAACUUCCCUCCCCUUCCCGUCCGACUCGCAGUCUUCGACGAAGAGGAAGACACAACUCCUCCUUCCGAUCCCGCAGAGGAGUACCAGAGUGGAGUCAUGAUGGCUGCGCGUCGCAUCAAGGCUGCGCUCUGCCCUGAGCCUCCAAAGAGAUCGUCAUACCCCUUCAACAACCAGGCCCCGUCACGUGAGCGCAAGCCCAUUCCGGGUUGGACGGAUGGCUCCGAUGCUUGGAGGUCCUCUGUCUACUCCAUCUCGUCCGUCGACUCCGCCAACAAGCAGGCUGUGGGGAGCGAGGAACGCGCAUCUGCCUACAGGUCCUUCCCCGCCUCGCCGCAUCGUUCCGUUGGCGUCUACUCCACCCUUAGCGAAAACACUACGCCAGUGGCCUCUCACGCACCCGCCCCUGCCGAUUUCAAUGCGAGCAUGCGCUCCAAGACCCAGGAGGAGGUGUCUUCAAAUUACCCGCUCACUUUCGUGAGGAGAACCGACUCGCGAACGUCUCUGUCCGGAGCUUCCCCGCAGUCCCUCCCCAUGGCGCGCCGCAAGGAGCACAGUCUAGUGAUGCCGGGGGCUGAGGGGAUGUUACUGGUCCCGAACGUGAAACUUCGAUCGCAUUCGGCUGCGUCGUCGCACUCGGGCGGCACGUCGUCUGUCUCGAGUUGCCGAUCGGGCUCAACGCGCAGCCUUGUGAAGAGCCCCCUCAGCCGUCGAGGGAGCCAGUUCAGCGAGGAGGGCACGAUUCCAGAGCUGCCGGAGCCUGGCGAAGUGGGCUCUUUGCCCGCGCCGAAGAGGCCUGUCAUUGAAACGCGCUCGUGGUCCUACGACAAUGUGAUGACUUACCCGAUCAUGCCCAUGCCGAAGCGCAAGGAGAUUCGCUUCGAGAAGCAGGUCAUCAACGGCAAGACGCAGAUCGUCGAAGUCGAGGUGGAGGUGCAGCCCUCCAUGAAGCGGCUGUUCCUCUUCCCUGGCAAGGAGGUCGUUCGGCGCUAG